AUGGCUGCACAGAUAUCAGGAUCCGAUCAGAUAAAACAGUUUAGGGAAUUCCUGGGAGACUACAGUAAACUUAUAGAAACCUGCUUUUUGGACUCUGUUAAAGACUUCACAACAAGAGCAGUAAAACCUGAAGAGAUCACCUGUUCAGAACACUGCUUACAGAAACAUUUAAAAGUGACACAAAGAAUAUCCAUGAAAUUUCAGGAAUCCCUGCAGAAUGAAGCCCUUGCAGCCAAAGUGGGACUUCUUGGCGAGCCUCAAUAG